GUAACCGCGAUGCUAAUCAAAAAGUGGGAUACAGCAUACUCUCAACCACUUCUCCUACUCUACGAUCUAUCACUCUUUGAAAGUGACCUCCCGGUUCAAUUGCCAAUAUUUUCUGAUCCGCAGAGAGAAGCAUCUUGAUCCUCACACUCGCUUGUAGCUACAAAAAAAAGCUGCAGCAAGUGACUCAAAGCGCCAAUCUAAACAUGUCGGAAUUUCAAGAGCUGCUAGGUGAUUGGCCUAAUUUCUCGCGUAGAAGGUGGAAGAGAAGGAAUGACCACAAGUAACUGAUGUGCCAAUUGCAAUAGGCAACUACUCAAAAUGCUACGGCAAAACCUCUCUAAAAUUCGGCGCCAGCCCAGUUCUCAUCCUCAUCGAUCCUGUUGUAGCCUAUUUAGAGCCCUCCUCGCCUCUCUACGCCCCCAAAAGCUUUGAAGCAGCACGUCUCUCCAUGGUUCGUCUUCUCGCUAAAGCACGCUCCUCAACCAUCCCCGUCAUCUUUACAUCCGUGGUCUACAAUUCUCCAAGCGAAGGCGGGAAAUGGUAUAUGGAGAAAUUACCCAACGUUUUAUGCUGUUACGAAUAA